GCAAGCAAGCAUGAACAACGUUCUUGCCCAUGUCUUAAUAUCGUCACACACUUGAUAGCUUACUCAUGUUCUCUGUUUUGUUAUUCUAUUCUUCCUUGCAGGUGUGAAAGAGAGCUGAUUGACGACAUCGUCAAAUGUGUGUGGAGGAAAGUGCAAGCUACAAUCACUUUGUCAGAUGUCUCAAAGACGUUAGUCGGAAUUGAUUCUGCACUCGAGCAGCUAACUAUGCUAUUAGCUCAUGAUGCAAAUGAUGUUCGCUUGAUUCUGUACUCUCGUUUUGUCUUCAAAGACUUCUUUUCCCAAUCUUGUAGGAAAGAAAUGUGGGAUGAAGAGUGCGGAAGCAAAUUAACUAAGAAGUGCUUGUGCAAUAAGAAGGUUCUUCUCGUACUUGAUGAUGUGGAUGAAUUACAUCAACUAGAAGUACUGGUUGGGAAUCAAAGUUGGUUUGGCAUGGGGAGUAGAAUUAUCAUUACAACUAGAAAUGAAGGUCUGCUAGUCCAACAUGGUAUAGCAAAGUCAUACAGGGUUGAGGGAUUGAAUUAUGGCGAAGCUCUUGAGCUCUUUAGCUUGAAUGCCUUCAAAAAAGACCAACCCGAUGAAGAAUUUUUGGAACUCUCUGAGCGUUUCCUAAACUAUGCCAGAGGCCUUCCAAUAGUUCUUAAAGUUUUAAGGUCGUUUUUGUAUACGAGAGGGCAAGAUGCGUGGAAUAGUGAGUUGGAUAAUCUAUAUAAAAUUCCUAAUCAACAAAUUUUUGAUUCACUCAAAGUUAGUUAUGAUGGACUCCGGUUGAUGGAGAGGAGAAUUUUCCUUGAUGUUGCAUGUUUCCAAAAAGGGGAGUGCAAAAAGCAAGUAAUUCAAGUACUAGACAAUUCUUUUGGAAUUUCUAGUAGUAUUCUAAUAGAUUUGCUAAUUGAGAGAUCUCUUCAAGAUAAUGAUUUUGAAAACAAGAUAGGGAUGCAUGAUGAUACAAGAAAUGGCAUGAACAAUUGUUCGUCAAGAGUCUGAAGAGCCUGGUCUACGGAGUAGGUUGUGGCUUCUCAAUGAUAUUUUUCAUGUAUUCAUGACGAAUACGGUAAGAAAUUAUGUAGAUAUGUACCUAGUUCAAAAAAAGAUAUGAUUUCUAUUAAUAUAAAGUUAGCAUG